AUGGGUUGCUUUGCAGAGAGAAAGGAACAUGCUGUGCUCAUUCCAUUUCCACUUCAAGGCCAUAUCAACGCAUUGUUCAAACUAGCAAAGCUGCUUCAUCUCAGAGGCUUUUACAUAACCUUUGUACACACUGAGUACAACUACAAACGUUUGCUCAAAUCAAGGAGUCCCAAUGCCAUCGAUGGGCUUCAAGAUUUUUGCUAUGAGACCAUCCCAGAUGGCCUUCCCCCAAUGGAUGAUGAUGCUGAUGUUAGUCAACCCAUACCCUCUCUUUGUGACUCAAUUAGAAACAACUUCAUCCACCCCUUUUGCAACCUUCUUGAAAGACUUAACCGUUCUGCUUCUGCUGGCCUCAUUCCUCCAAUUACUUGCUUAGUUUCUGAUUGUUUCGUGACUUUUCCUAUACAAGUUGCCCAAGAACGUGCACUCCCUAUCCUUCUCUUUUGUCCAGUCAGUGCAGCUUCAUUUUUGUCUUUUAUGCACUUUCGAACUCUAGUUGAAAAAGGAAUCACACCCCUCAAAGAUGAGAGUUAUCUGACAAAUGGAUAUUUGGACACCAAAGUAGAAUGUAUUCCAGGUCAACAAAAUUUUCGCCUCAAGGAUCUACCUGGCUUUAUAAGGACAACAGAUCCAAAUGAUUUCUUGAUAGAAUUUUUCAUUGAAGUAGCUGAUAGAAUUCCCAGAGCCUCUGCUGUUGCUUUUAAUACUUGUGAUGAACUUGAGGGUGAUGCAGUGAAUUUUCUCUCCUCUAUGUUACCUUCUCUUUACACCAUUGGUCCAUUACCCUCAUUUUUAAAUCAAAAUCAAAUUAAGCACUUGGCAUUUCUAGGAUCCAAUCUUUGGAAAGAAGAUGCUUUCUGUCUUGAAUGGCUUGAAAACAAGGAACCCAGAUCCGUUGUUUAUGUGAAUUUUGGGAGCAUUACGGUUAUGUCUGCAGAGCAGCUCCUGGAGUUUGCUUGGGGUUUGGCCAAAAGCAAGAUACCCUUUUUGUGGAUCAUUAGGCCUGACCUUGUCGUCGGUGGUUCAGUGAUUUUGUCAUCUGAGUUUGUCAAUGAAACAAGAGAUAGAGGCCUAAUAGCAAGUUGGUGUCCACAAGAGCAAGUGCUGAACCACCCUUCAAUUGGUGGAUUCUUGACUCAUUGUGGAUGGAACUCAACGACUGAAAGUGUUUGUGCUGGAGUUCCUAUGUUGUGUUGGCCAUUUUUUGCUGAUCAGCCAACGAACUGUAGAAAUAUAUGCAAAGAGUGGGACAUUGGGAUGGAAAUUGAUGCCAAUGUGAAGAGAGAAGAGGUGGAAAAUCUGGUCAAAGGAUUGAUGCUGGGAGAGAAGGGAAAAAAGAUGAGGCAAAAGAGCAUGGAGUUGAAGAAGAAGGCAGAGGAGAACACCAAGCCCGGUGGUUUUUCCUACAUGAACUUUGACAGAAUGAUUAAGGAUGUUUUGCACAAACAAAAUCAGAUUUAG